AUGAUUUUUUCACGUCCUCGCGUGCUGGAUCCUCUAUCCAAUAAAGUAGCUGUAAUUCCACGACGUAAUGGAGCUGUAUUAGCGUGGAUGAAGAAGAAUUUCGCCGUUUCCUACCUCAUUUUUGUUGUGGGAAGCGGUCUGGUUUCACUGACCUUGUACACUGUGACUUGCCUCCUUCGAAAUCCCGACAUCCGUCUUCCCUUCUACGACAAUAAACCGCGGGAUGAGUAUUACUUCAACAAACACUACUUCGGUGCUAGUAUAAACACAGAUCCGCGGUUGCCGCCUGUUAGAAUGCACUUUAAUGGUGAUCUGGAGUUCCCCUACGAUAACCCACGGAGGAAAGCCAGGACGCCUGACGAUAUUUAG